GCCUAUUUGUCAUUGGUUGUCGGUUUGGUCAAUGAGAAGGUAUAUCUAUCCUUCGCCCCGUACCAGAGGGGAUUCCUAGUACGCUCGGUUUCGUUGUGGGUGAGCGGUGAAGAGAAGGGGAGGAGGAGAAGAAAGAUCGUUGGCGGAGGAGAAUGGAGGCGUCGGCGGUGGAUCAUCUCGCGCCCGAGCGGAAGAAAGCCCAAUUCGAUGUUCAGGCGAUGAAGAUCGCCUGGGCCGGCUCCAAGAACGCAUUCGAAGUCGCCAAUCGCAUGGCCCACAUCGUUGCCAGCGAUCCGGUCUUCCGCAAAGACAAUAGAACAAUGCUUGGCCGUAAGGAAUUGUUUAAGAACACACUAAAAAAAUCAGCCCAUGCUUGGAAGCGAAUAAACGAGUUACGCCUUACAGAAGAAGAAGCCUCUAUGUUCCGGAUCUUCAUAGAUGAACCUGGAUAUGGGGAUCUCCACUGGGGAAUGUUCGUUCCUGCUAUAAAAGGUCAAGGAACUGAGGAACAACAGAAGAAGUGGUUACCACUGGCUUAUAAGAUGCAAAUAAUUGGAUGCUAUGCUCAGACAGAACUUGGUCAUGGUUCAAAUGUUCAAGGUCUUGAAACAACAGCGACAUUUGAUCCGAAAAUGGAUGAAUUUGUUAUUCACAGCCCUACACUUACUUCAAGCAAAUGGUGGCCUGGUGGUCUUGGAAAAGUAUCCACCCAUGCAGUUGUUUAUGCCCGUCUAAUCAUUGAUGGAAAAGACUAUGGAAUCAAUGGUUUCAUUGUUCAGUUACGAAGUUUGGAUGAUCAUUCGCCUCUUCCUGGAAUCGUUGUUGGUGAUAUUGGGAUGAAAUUUGGCAAUGGCGCUUACAAUACAAUGGACAAUGGGGUUUUGCAGUUUGAUCAUGUGCGCAUACCACGAAAUCAAAUGUUGAUGCGGGUUUCACAAGUCACAAAGGAAGGGAAGUAUGUGCAAUCUGACGUCCCAAGGCAGCUUUUAUAUGGGACAAUGGUUUAUGUUCGUCAAACAAUUGUCUCUGAUGCUUCUAAGGCUUUAUCUCGAGCUGUGUGCAUUGCUGUGAGAUAUAGUUGUGUUCGUAGGCAAUUUGGAUCACAAGAUGGUUCUCCUGAGACUCAGGUCAUUGAUUACAAAACUCAGCAAAGCAGACUCUUUCCGCUGCUGGCUUCAGCAUAUGCUUUUAGGUUUGUUGGUCAAUGGUUGAAGUGGCUAUAUAAUGAUGUGACAGAGAGACUACGAGCCAAUGAUUUUUCAACAUUGCCUGAGGCUCAUGCAUGCACUGCUGGUUUGAAAUCUUUGACAACCUCUGUGACAGCAGUAUGUAAAUCUUUAGCAUAUGUAGUUUUGUGCUAUAUUCUAUUUCAAUUCAUUCUAGUCUUCACCACCUAA